AUGAUCAUUCCAAACCAGAAUGAAAGUAACCUCAUGGAACUGAAUAUCUCCCAAAACAAUGACAGUGAAGUAUUUGUCUAUGGCAAAAAUAUACCAUCUAAUUUUUACAGGGUGGUACUGGCACAAGUACUUGUGUGCAUCUUCCUCUAUGUGAACUUUAUGAUGCUAUUCUCGUUCUUUAGGAAGGAGGCCUUUCGACAGGAUACUCGUUACAUUUUGUUUGCUCACAUGUUGUUCAUUGAUACUUUAGUACUUAUAGUAACAGACUUAGGAAUGCUCUUGAUAUACUUCUGCAUAUUGGUUCCAGGUGGGUAUUGUAUCUUUUUUUGCACCUUUAUGGAAACCCUUACCAACUACACGCCAUUGACUUUGACCGCCAUGUGCCUGGAGCGCUACGUUGCUAUCUGUAUUCCACUGAGACAUGCAGAAAUCUCAACAGUUCAACGCACUCUUUUUGGCAUUCUGUUUAUCUGGAUACUUGGAUUCUUUCUCAAUAGUACUGAUUUAUUCAUUGUACUUGCAACACAACCGGAGAGUUUUUAUCUUGAGAGUUACAUCUGUAGCUAUGAAAUGAUGCUGCUGUACAUCUGGCAAACUGAUCUGAGAUCAUACAUCUGCCUGGUUAUGUUUCUAGCAAUAUUCCUCUUUAUUGUAUUGACUUAUAUAAAAAUCGUGUAUGCAGCAAGAGCAGCCUCUGUUGAGAAAACCUCUGCCUCCAAAGCUCGUAAUACUGUCUUCUUGCAUGCUGUCCAACUUGUUUUAUCUUUAAUUGUUCUGAUUUGCCCUUUUGUUGAAACAUACCUUAUGGAAAUAAAUUUUCAGAUUUUUUCAGAUGUAACCCCAUGGAAGUGA